UCUAGUGCUCGCUGCGGCUCUCACGCGCGCCGGAAGCGGCCCCUACUGAGGGGGUCGUGAUGGGCAGCAAGAUGGCGUCCGCCAGCAGGGUCGUUCAGGUAGUCAAGCCACAUACACCACUAAUAAGAUUCCCUGAUAGAACUGACAACCCUAAACUCAAUGUACCGGAAGCUUUGAGAUCAUCAGGCAUACCACCGCCCUCUUCUGUAAUGUCACAGCACUCUAUGGGAAGUAAAGCACCAGAUUCGUUGAUGCAGCAGGGCCCACCAGACACUGCAGAAAUAAUCAAAACAUUACCUCAGAAAUACAGACGGAAACCCGUGUCUCAAGAAGAAAUCGAGUUUAUCCAACGUGGAGGUCCAGAAUAAUCACUGGCCGUGUGGCUGCUGUUUGUCCUCAGACAAAAGAAUUAUCUUUACAAUAAAGGACUUCCAAAAUGA